AGGUCUAAUACUUUUUUCAACUUGGGCUUGGAACGUAAUAUGUGCCCCUGAUGUCUUCACAUGGAAUUUUGCAUUUAUGUUGAUGAAUAUGGCGCAAGUUUUUCACAUUUUGUACCAGUUAAGACCAGUAAAAUUUGAUCCAGAGCUUGAAGAAGUUUACCACACACUAUUUGAGCCGUUUAAGCUAAACCGUUUACAAUUUAAACGAAUGGUAGGUGCCGAUUUUGCACAAAUUAUGUCAUUACAUGCUGGAGAGGCAUACGCUGUGCAAAAUCUGACAAGAACUGAUAGAUUAGGACUACUUUUAUCGGGAAAGGUCAAUGUAUUAUCUGACAACCAAUUUUUGCAUCCUAUACUUCCGUGUGAAUUUUUAGAUUCACCAGAAUUUGAGUCAAGCAGAAAUACAGUCGAUGAUAAAUUUAAGGUCUCCAUAGUGGCAGCUAGCACUUGCAGAUAUCUGUAUUGGCAGCGAAGCGCUUUGGAGUACUUAUUUGUUAAGGAUAACUACAUAGCUACGUUAUUAACAACAUUAAUAGCACGAGAUAUAGCGACCAAAUUGUACGCUAUGAAUAAUAAAAUAGUAACAGCUAAAGGUUCUCAUCUGGAUAUUCGACUUCCUAGUAUAACGUCUUCGUUAACGUCAGGGGAGAGUACAAAUCCCCAAUUCGGUCAAAAAAGGCUAACGGAGGUAAGUAGCAAACAGUACGAAGUUAUUUUAACAAGAGUAAUAUACAAUUCUGGAUAA